AUGAUUUUCGGAAUAUCUGUCCAAAGGAUAAUUCGGCAAUCCGUGUUCAGCCAACAUAGCGGUUUCCGAAGAAUCAGUCCACUUUGUACUUCGACAGCGAUUCGCCAGACAGCAAACAAGGAGUACAGCAAAAUGACGUACCAGAUCGAAGAGAGAGGUUCGCCCAACACGAUUGACUACAAAUUGUACAUAAAAAAUGAAAAAGGAAUAGUUUCACCAUUCCAUGAUAUUCCAUUGCUGGCUGAUAAUACAGGCAAAGUAUUCAAUAUGAUAGUUGAAAUACCUAGAUGGUCAAAUGCCAAAAUGGAGAUCAAUACCAAAUCUGCCCUAAACCCUAUCAUUCAAGAUACGAAAAAAGGGAAAUUACGUUUUGUACCAAAUGUGUUCCCACACAAAGGUUACAUAUGGAAUUAUGGUGCCUUGCCUCAAACUUGGGAAAACCCUGAAUUGCUUGACGAACAUACAGGGUGCAAGGGGGAUAAUGAUCCCUUAGAUGUACUUGAAAUUGGGUACAAAGUAGCUAAGCGAGGUGAAGUACUUAAAGUUAAGGUAUUGGGAACUGUCGCAUUGAUUGAUGAGGGAGAAACCGAUUGGAAGGUACUUGUGAUUAAUGUAGAAGAUCCAAUUGCACCAGAAGUAAACGACAUUAAAGACAUUGAAAAACAUUUUCCUGGUCUACUAAAAGCCACUGUAGAAUGGUUAAAGAUCUACAAAAUUCCAGAUGGUAAACCGGAGAAUAAGUUUGCGUUUAAUGGUGAACCCAAAGAUGCAGAAUUUGCUUUAAAAAUAGUGAGUGAUACUCAUGAAUACUGGAAAGCAUUAUUACAAAAAGAAAACACUGACGGCUUAUCCUGUGUGAACACGACAUUGAAUAAUGCUUCUAGCAUUGAUAACGAAAAAGUUCAAGCAAUAUUAUCGGAGAGUUUGCCACUAUCCGAGCCUAGCCCAUUAUUACCAGAAGUUGAUAAAUGGCAUUUUAUAAAAUUAUAA